AUGGAAGCUUGCGGGACCACGUAUGUUGCCUCUCACUGGGCGUUCUACAAGGGGAUGAACUGCCCCCGUGUAGCUGGCAAUCCACCUGGUUGUACACCUGCACAGCCCUAGCCUGAUGUCUGGAAGACUGGUCGCCAUGAUGGAAUACAGAGACUAAGGAAAGACCCCGAGAUGUGAUAUUCAAGAAACUACCUUAUAUAGAUGUACCAGCUGCCUGGCUGACACACGCAGUACUUAGCCCAACAAUGUACACACAGCUAACACAUCGAGUUGUAGAGGGUGGCGACUUUUACAACAUGAUUUAUACUGAAUGAUUAUACAUACCUAUAGAUACACUUGAAACCUAGGGCCAAAGGUGGACAAGUUCGCAUGUGGAAAUAAACGCCUAAGCUAGAGUCUUAAUACAAAGCUCGUUACUUACAUACACAAGCAAAACAUUUAUAGUGCUUACAUGUCAAGUUACGGCCCAGUUGGACCAAGACUUAAUUUCUCCAGACUGUGUAGAUGUCGCCUACUGAUCACAACGCCAUGGAUACAUGAUAUAACGUAAGACUACAAGUUGAACCAGUGACAAAUAUGUCUCGUCCAAUUAAAUCUUCACUCGUGUAAUAAAUUGAUACACAUUUAAUGGAACAUUUAUUAGUAAAAGAAUGCAUACAUUACCAGCUACCAAGAAUUAAAUAACCCUUGUUUCAAGUGUGCUGCACUAGUAUACAUACAUUUCGAACCUCCUUAAAUCAGUUGUUGGUUUACAUGACCCACCAAAGACUCGCUUAUCACUAAUUGA